CUCUGGACAGGUAGUCCUCAGCUCUGCGGACAGCCAGGUGAGCAGCGGACAGGGAAGCUCAUCACACUUACACCGUGUGAGACAGGACCCGCCCAGGUAGCUGUGCAGGAAAGAGAGCCGACAGAUGCCACCAGAGGUCUGUGAUGGAAGGAUGGACCGUGGGUCACGUUGACAAUAAAAUAACACUACAGGCCUUCAAAGGACAAUUUACUCUUCUGUGACAUGGCCACAGCAGUAGAAACCCCAUGGGAAUCCGACAGCACAGCAGUCCUAUAAUAAGCAGCUCGUGGUGAUGUUGACAAACCGGACACCAGCAAGUGAAGAUCUGAAGUAAAAUAGUAUUUAUGGGACUUAACCACGUGAUGCGGCUGUUUCCAUGUGCAAUUUUCUCCUCGGUGACACAGUAUCACUUUGAGCCCGGAGUCAGGGCAGGUGUCAGCCCGGCUGCUGACAGAGGGGCGGGAGCAGUGGCUCAGGUGACUGGAGCCAAACUCUCACCCCCCUGGGGGGGGGGGGACAAGCCGUCACCUGCUGGUGACAGAGGCGAGCAGCUUGCGCUCGCGGCGGAGCCUCAGUCGCAUCCAGGCGCUCACCGAGACAGCGGCGGCGGCCAGAUGUGUCAUGGCCGGACGUCUUGUUGACACGUGUAUGGCACCAUUUCGAGGCGACCUUGUGUUUGUUCGAUAAAAAAACAAAACAAAAACAAAAACCAAACCAAACGAAAGGAAACAAAGCAAAAACAAACCACUGCACUUAUCCAGAAGGUGUGACUGAAUUUACAACUGUUAAUGGAUCGGCUGGACGCAUGGGGCUUCAAGUCGAAGAGAAUGGACCUGGGGGAGGAUUUCUACUUCGACUACGGAGCGGAGGAAAUAACAGAUUACCAGGACCCCAGCGAACUUGUGGCUGCUUUGAAACAAAAGGAGGAAGAGGUUAUUUUGGCAGCCCAGCUGGGAAACGCAUUGCUCCUGGAAAACCGUCAGUUGAAAGAGCAGGGCGAAAAACUUCAUGAACAGUACGCGGACAAGCUGGAGGAGCUAGAGCAGGGCAGGCAUGAGCUGCGGCUGAAGCUGGAGGCCUGCCAGUCCCAGUGGGAGAGCCAGGUGGGGGACCUGGAGAGGGAUGCGAGGGAGCUGAGCGGCCAGGUGGAGCGGCUCACUCAGGCGCUCGGUGAGGCCGAGAGGGACAAGAGUCGAGCCUGGCUGGAGCACAGCGAGCACACACAGCGACUCAGGGAGGAGCUCAGUGCAGCAAUGGAGGUGGAGAGGGCCAUGUCCAGCGAGCUGCAGGCUCUAAAACAGGAGCUCCAACAAAAGGGAAGCCACAACAGGCCGCAGGAUGAGGAGCUGAUCAGUGCCAUGAGGGAGCAGGUGUUGCGUCUCACCCAGAAGGAACAGGUGCUGGAGGAGCGUUUGGAGAGUGUGUCUCAAGAAAACACUGAGCUGAGGGCAAGUUUGGCCUCUUUACACACACGUCUGACUCUGCAUGACCAACUCAACGAGCAGCACAGUCAACAGCUAGCCGAGGCGUGGCAGGAGUUGGAGGUGGCACGGGGUCGCUCACAGCAGCUGCAGGCCCAGGUGGAGGAACUUCAGGAGGAGGUGUCCCUGCAGGAAACCAGGAGCCACGGAGACGCCUCCCUGCUGUCUGAGCUGGAGAGCAGCCUGGAGACCGCAGGGCUGGGAGUCAGCAAAGAAGAGAUAACGCAAGAAAUGGGGUCCAUCCUUCAGUUACUACUCCCACUGACCCAGGAACUGAACAGCUCAGGGAGGUCAGAGGCCCUGGAUCAACAGGGGGACCUGCUGGUCCUGCUGCACCAGCUGAAGAGAGUAGCCCAAACCCUGGCACAGGGAUCCAGCCCUCAGUUCCAGGAGCUGAAUCGGGCUUUUGUGGACAGGACGGGUGAUCAGUGUGGGAAUACGAGCACAGCACAGGAGCUGAGAGAUCAGCACGUCCAGCUGCAGCGGGAAAACGCUGAGUUGAGACAGAAGCUGCAGAGCGCACAGGAACAAGCUGAAGUCGUCCAACAGGCCAUCAGAGACAGAGAUGAAGCCAUUGCCAAGAAAAACCUGAUGGAGGUGGAGUUGGUGAGAAGUAAAAAUGAUAUGAUGUCUCUGAACAACCAGUUAUUAGAAGCCAUCCAACGUAAACUGGAACUGUCACAGGAGCUGGAGGCCUGGCAGGACGACAUCCAGAUCAUCAUCAACCAGCAGCUCAGGUCCCAGCAGCAGUCGGAGCAGCCGCAGAAGAAGCCCACCUCCAACAGCAUGUCAUUCUUCCGCAGGCCCAGCAGGGCGACCUCCACCUGGACACGCCAGCCGUCCUCCUCCUCCUCAACCUGGAGUUCAGACGCCAAUCAGGUCAAAACCCAGUCCCCCUGGAGGGACUGGUUAAGACGCGGCAAAGGGGUGCAGUAUGGCAAAUGAUGGACGCUGAGUGCUACAGGUACUCUCAUGAGUGCUAAGAAGAGGACGUGCCAGGAGGAGAGGACAGAGGGAAGUCACAAGUAAACCUCCCUGUACAUCAUGUUUAGUGCAAAAAGAGCCAUAAAAAAACCUUUUAAUUCAGUGAUAAACAACGGAGCCACUACGGACAAAGACUUGUCAAACAGACACUUACCGAAACACAUUCCACUGAGAGGCUGAGCCUUCCUAAAACCUAAACUGUGACAACUUGGAGCACUAGCAUGUUCACAGAAUUACUUUCAAAGGUUUGCUUGAGACUGUAAAUAUUGUGCCCUUAUUUUUUAAUAUUGUGAAUGUCUUUCUGUCUGAAACUUUAUAUUGUAUACUAUACAUAAUACUGUAGGUGUAGAUAAGUACUUGUUUGGAUUAUUUAACUUCACAGGUCAAAGAGAAAAAAGGACAGUCAGAAAAUAAAUGAUCAAACAGUUAAUGUCUAACUGUACUGAAUUUUGUCUUUGCAUACUAAGUUGGAUGUGAGAAGUUAGAGGUAAAAAAAAAAAAGUUGAUUGUAUAAGAAACAUGUACACUGAGAAAGCUGUUAUUUUUUUAUAAUUUCAUUUUUUUGGUUUUUCAUAAAAAGCCAACUAUGUUCUCUGAAUGAUGACUUGGUGUGGACAUAUUACACAAGUGUCUUUGUAUAGCAGACACAUGUGCUGUACAUGUAUGUUCUGAGACUCACUGUUCAAUAUUGAAACUGCUUUAUUUCCAACUGUCUUGUUUCCUGAGCUGUCUGACUGACCACAUCGGGAAUGAUCGCUGGAAAAUUUCAUAAAACAACAAAUAAUCCUUUCGGGUUUUUGAGUGUUGUGUUCUGAAUAUUAAUAUGAUAAACUGACAACGGCUAAAUCAGGCAGCUGCUCGACCAGUGACAAGAAACAUCUAAAGAUGUUACGUUAGAAAAGCAGCAGUUGUUUACACAGGGUGACCUUGUAGAAAAGUAGUAGUUUCUCAGUCUUGUAACCUUUUCUUUUCUUGUCCUACUUUGUCUUUUUAAGAGAAUUUGACCAGGGAAAGUCAGUAGAAUAGAGACCUGAAAAACGUCUUCAAUUUAGGGAGUUAAAAUGGAUUUUCUCUUGUACAAUAUCAAAAUGCAUCACUGGCUCCAGGAUGACCAUACACUGAACUUCUUUAACAAAUGCACAAAUCAAAAAGAAGUGUCUGCAGUGUCCAAAGUAUUUAGUACAAAUACUGUACUCAUUGUACAGAGGCUUUAGAAAGUAUUUAUUGUGCGAAAUCGACUUUGUCUUCAAUCGACACACUAGAUAUACACACGUAGUAAUCAGAACUAAAAUAUCAGAUUUUGACAAAAUUAUUGAAAAGGAAUUGCAGAACUCUCAUUUACAGGGUUUGAGUUAAUUUUUUGCUGCCUUGUAGCAUAAAGUGGCCAUAACAUACUGUUUUCAAAGGGGACUGAUAAGGUUAAGAUCAGUAGCAGCGAUGCAAUGAUUACUUCACCAGGUGCUACAAAAUGCACAUUCAGAAAAAAUAGGCCUUGCGUUCUGGGUCCUGAGCAGUCAUUUCAGUAAUGAGAAGAUAGAAACUGCAUGAUCAUGUGAGAAGUGGUUGGAUUAUGGAAAAAGUUUCAUGACAGAGAGCCAAGCAAGAGAUCAUUUUCCAGAACAUCAUACAUCAUUUUUCAAAUAAAA